GUCACAUGGCCAUAGACCAAGAAGUCAUUUGCUACACACUACUAAAAAAAAAUCAUAUUCUGUAACUUACGCUGAGGCUAUAUGUUUGUUAUAAAUGAAAUUGUUGUUGCUCUUGGUGUCUCAAAAAUCAUCUAAUGGGGCUUGAUCCGGUUUGAAUGCCUCUGCCUUUGUUUAUGAAAUAUCAAAGAUGGAAAUUUCGAAAUACUUCGACACGGAGAGCAUCGACGGUGAUGUUAAAUUCAAAUUGCGCACCCUUCUCGACAACUUGGAAGAGCUUAAAGCUUUGGACGAGCUGGUCUACUACAAAUUCCUUCUGGCCCUUUGCAGGCUGAGCAGGAAAACUGCCGACGCAUCGACGCAGUACGAAGAGCAGACGGAAAAGGCGAGCAACUGGGGCAACGACAUCGUCAGCGAGGUGAAAGCCAUAGCGGAGCAGUCUGUCAGCCAGUCUGGAUUCGUUUUCGACAGGCAGAGUGGGUCUUAUUACAACGAAACUGAAAAGUGUUUUUAUAUUCCAGAUUAUAAACUCUACUAUUACCACCAAACUGGAGCAUAUUACUAUUACGACGAAGAGUCGCAGAGUCUCAAGUUCUAUUCUUCCGUGAACUUAGAUGAUGUACAGACUUACAUUCCAAAAGCGCAGGCAUCUGACGCCAAAAAGGGCGAAAGUGAGAAAGAAGAUGGAGAAUGCUCGGAUUCGGAGGAUCAAGAACAAAAACCAGUUGUCAUAGAAUCCGGACCUAAAUCGUUCAAGCCCGAUAUUAGUAAACACGUAGCACCGAGCAUUCGGUUUAUCGUAAAAACGACUGAGCUUAAAAAUUUACCAGUGGGUAAAUUAUUUAUUUUAACGAGACUAGGUGGGACCCUCGGGAGAGAGGGAAAACACGAUAUUCUCAUACCUGACCGCAAUGUGAGCAAAUUACAUUCUAGAUUUUUUUAUAGCCUCGAAGACGACGGAUUCAAUUAUAAAAUUGUGGAUCUUGGCAGUAGAAACGGAACUUACAUCGACGGCGUCCGACUCUCCGAUUCUCUUACCAAAAGUGCACCGACGAGUUUAAAUCACGGUAAUGUUCUUACUGUUGGCUGUACCGACCUUUUGUGUCACAUACACGAAGGAGACAAAACUUGCUCGGAAUGCGAACCAAAUUUGGUAUCUAAGAAACCGAACAUUCAUAGGAAUAUUAAGGAACAACACCAGUUUGAACAAAAACAACUCAGGAAAAAAUUCGGCCUGUCAAAGGGCCAUAUCGAUUACAAAGCCGACGGCAAAUACGAAGACCGUUCUGAGCACAGGAGGAAGACGGAGGGCUCGUCGCACGACAGCGAAAAAACAGAAAUAGCAUCUGUCGAUUUUGCCAUUAACGAAAAGAACAAAGGUUUCAAACUUCUAGAGAAAAUGGGAUGGAAAGAGGGCAAAACGCUAGGCAAAGAGGACAGUAAAGGAUUGCUAGAGCCUAUUAACAUUCAUCCAAGAGGUAAACGAGGCCUUGGCGCUUCUCAAGAUAUCACCGAUAUAAAUGUAGUUGAAAAAUCAAAGAAGGGACGUUCAAAAGAAGAUAUCCUUACUAAAACUAGAAAAAGAUACUAUAAUGAAUCUAUCGAUGUAGACCCAGACUGAAAAUAAAUGUACACUUUUCUCUUAAUAAUAAAUUUUUUU